AAUGAGUUAAUAAGCUGCAGAUAUUAGGAACGUCAUCAAAUCUUUAGAGAAGAUUGCUUAACAACUAGAAGGUGUUACUCCAACUUCAUAGUAAAAUCCACUAACAUUAGCUGAAUUACAACCAUUUAAAGAUAAGCUAAAUCUUUUUGUUGAAGCUUCAAAGGGACUCUCUGACUAAGCACUGAAGGAUAUUGUAAUAUAUAGUAUUUCAACAACUUAGACACCCUUAGUAGUGAAAAUAUUUUCAAUAAUGGAAAAUGCAAUUUUACAUUCUACAAACACUAAAAAGCCAACUCCAGACUAAAUGAAAUAAAUUCAAAAGCUUAUUACUGAGUAAGUGAAUAAAAUUGCUAAAUUCUAAACACCUGCUCUAUAAUAUUAAGUAAAAGCAAUGAUCGAAGGUUGCUAAGCAGCAUUCUGGGUGACUUUAGAUGGUCCUAAGAUCUAAGUAGAGAGUGCUAUCGAAUCUGCUGAGUUUAAUGGAUUUAAACUAAAAUAGUAGAAAGUUGCAGAAGUAUCUAAAUGGUAUGAUGCAUUUAUUGGUGCAUUAAAGUGGUUGCCAGGUAUCAUUAUCUUCUUAACUAGAUUUUGUAAUAAACAACUAUAAAAUGGGCUUAGAAUGGAAUGGUAAAGGAUCUCUAACUUUCGAACAAUUUUUAGCAGCUUUGACUUAAGAAAAAGCUCAAGGAGCUCCUCCUCCUCCUCCAAAAGGUCCCCCUCCUCCUCCUCCUCAAUUUGCAGCUCCUGCUCAUCACGCUGACGUUGGUGAAUCAAGAGGAGCCUUGUUUGCAGAAUUAAAUGUAGGGGCAGACAUCACUAAAAGUAGUUUUUAAUUGAAAAAUAGGAUUAAAGCCAGUAUAGAAAAAUGUUGAAAAAUCAGACCCUUUAUAGCCUACAACAGCAAAACAAUAGUAGUCAACCUAAUAAGCAGCACUUUAGUAACCGAAAGAGCCUAAAAGAUAUUGCAAAGAAAAUUGGUUUUUGGAAAACUAUUAAAAUGAGAAGCUAAUUGAAUUCAAAGAUGAUGAAAUUGAAAUGAAAUAAUCUCUUUUUGUGGAGAAUUGCAAGAAUUGUGGAAUACUCGUUAAGGCUAAAGUGAAAUCAAUAUUUUUGUAAAAAUGUGAAAAAGUUGAAUUGGUUUUUGACGUAUUUAUAUUUUUACUAACUUUAGCAAACUAUUUCAGGAGUUGAUGUUGUUAAUUGUAAAAAAGUGAAAGUAACAUGUUUAACAAAGUAAAUCAUAUUAAUAAAAUUAGAUGUCCAAGCCUUAUGAUCAAUAAUUCUGAAUCUGUUCUCAUGGCAUUUAACGCAGAUAAAUAAUGUGAAAUAAUUUCUUCAAAGACUAUGGACUUCAAUAUCACAUAUUUGCAGGAAGAUGGAGAUUAUGCAGUAACAACUCAAACUUAUUUAUUAGAAAGACACUAAUAUAGCCGAACAAUUCUUAACUGUUUGGGACAAUGAUUAAGGAAAGUUUAUUACAAAAGCUUUAGAUAUAUCCUUCGGAUGAGU